AUGACAUCCAAGAUUCACAGUAGAUCUCAAAUGACAUCCAAGAUUCACAGUAGAUCUCAAAUGACAUCCAGGAUUCACAGUAGAUCUCAAAUGACAUCCAAGAUUCACAGUAGAUCUCAAAUGACAUCCAAGAUUCACAGUAAAUCUCAAAUGACAUCCAGGAUUCACAGUAGAUCUCAAUUGACAUCCAAGAUUCACAGUAGAUCUCAAAUGACAUCCAAGAUUCACAGUAGAUCUCAAAUGACAUCCAAGAUUCACAGUAUAUCUCAAAUGACAUCCAAGAUUCACAGUAGAUCUCAAAUGACAUCCAAGAUUCACAGUAGAUCUCAAAUGGAUGAACGUUGGUCCCUUCACAGAAUUUCAACGUUCCAAUUGCGAAUUUGUGUCAGGAAUGCCACUAUCAGACAUAUAGCAGCCAAUGUCCAUUCUAUCAGACAUCUAACAGCCAAUGUCCAUUCUAUCAGACAUCUAACAGCCAAUGUCCAUUCUAUCAGACAUAUAGCAGCCAAUGUCCAUUCUAUCAGACAUAUAGCAGCCAAUGUCCAUUCUAUCAGACAUCUAACAGCCAAUGUCCAUUCUAUCAGACAUAUAGCAGCCAAUGUCCACUCUAUCAGACAUCUAACAGCCAAUGUCCACUCUAUCAGACAUCUAACAGCCAAUGUCCAUUCUAUCAGACAUCUAACAGCCAAUGUCCAUUCUAUCAGACAUCUAACAGCCAAUGUCCAUUGCAUCAGACAUCUAACAGCCAAUGUCCAUUCUAUCAGACAUAUAGCAGCCAAUGUCCAUUCUAUCAGACGUAUAGCAGCCAAUGUCCACUCUAUCAGACAUCUAACAGCCAAUGUCUAUUCUAUCAGACAUAUAGCAGCCAAUGUCCAUUCUAUCAGACAUCUAACAGCCAAUGUCCACUCUAUCAGACAUCUAACAGCCAAUGUCCAUUCUAUCAGACAUAUAGCAGCCAAUGUCCAUUCCAUCGGACAUCUAACAGCCAGUGUCCAUUCUAUCAGACAUCUAACAGCCAAUGUCCACUCUAUCAGACAUCUAACAGCCAAUGUCCAUUCUAUCAGACAUCUAACAGCCAAUGUCCAUUCUAUCAGACAUCUAACAGCCAAUGUCCAUUGCAUCGGACAUCUAACAGCCAAUGUCCAUUCUAUCAGAUAUCUAACAGCCAAUAUCCAUUCUAUCAGACAUAUAGCAGCCAAUGUCCAUUCUAUCAGACAUCUAACAGCCAAUACCCCUUCUAUCAGACAUAAAGCAGCCAAUGUCCAUUAUAUCAGACAUCUAACAGCCAAUGUCCAUUCUAUCAGACAUCUAACAGCCAAUAUCCAUUCUAUCAGACAUAAAGCAGCCAAUGUCCAUUCUAUCAGACAUAAUGCAGCCAAUGUCCAUCCUAUCAGACAUCUAAAAGCCAAUGUCCAUCCUAUCAGACAUCUAAAAGCCAAUGUCCAUUCUAUCAGACAUCUAACAGCCAAUGUCCAUUCUAUCAGACAUCUAACAGCCAAUGUAUAUUCUAUCAGACAUAUAGCAGCCAGUGUAUAA